CGAAUUUGAACCAGGUGUCAUGUUGAUUCGCCCGAGUUGUUGGUUAGCUUUUGCAACAAAUGGAAAUUUUCGGAAAUACUCAAUUGUUAAAAUGACGUCAAACUGGAUGACUGAAAAAAUCAAAAUCUCUUCGCUUUCCAUCGAAGACAAGAGAAAAACUUAUCGAUCAAAUGAAUAUGUUAUCCUAGAUAAAGUCGACCCCUGGCACAAAUAUGUUGCCGGCAGUAAAGAUAUCGAGAAUAAAAAACAUACUCAAGAAGACUUGACCGAAUUUAGAAAGAUAAAACUAAACGAAGAAAAGAAUGCAGAGUUAGCUGAAAAAGUCUCAAUUUUUAGAGGAGACAUCACAAAGUUAGAAAUUGAUGCCAUUGUUAAUGCUGCAAAUUCAAGAUUAAAGGCUGGUGGUGGCGUAGAUGGUGCAAUUCAUAGAGCUGCAGGACCCUUAUUACAGGCAGAAUGCAACUCGAUUGGAGGGUGUCCAACAGGAGAAGCGAGAAUAACUAGUGGAUAUGACUUGCCUGCAAAACAUGUCAUCCAUACUGUAGGCCCCCAAGAUGGCUCUGCGCAAAAACUCAGAUCAUGCUAUGAGAGUUGUUUUGCUCUUGUAAAGGAGCACCAGAUUAAAUCUGUUGCAUUUCCGUGCAUUUCAACUGGUAUAUAUGGAUUCCCGAACAGGCUGGCUGCACACAUUGCCUUGCAAACUACCCGACAGUUUCUAGAACAGAAUACCGACGUGGGACGAGUCAUUUUCUGUACUUUUAUGCAAGUGGAUGUUGAUAUUUACGAAACGUUGUUGCAAGUGUACUUUCCCGUUCAUGAGUGGAAUUAUAAUGAUUAAUGUAUAGUUUUGUUUUCAUUAAAGUUUUGUUUAUAA